GCGGGGGCCUCACACGGACUCUGACCGGCGUGCAGCACACUCAGGGCUGGCCUGGCUGCCGUCAUGUCCCGCUCGGCACCGCAGGCGCCGUGGGCGGACUAUCUGGACGAGGACGACGCGCUGGCCGACGAAGAUGACACCUGCCAGCUGGAGAAGCGCAUGUCGGACCGCAGGAGGGCCCAGUCUCUGCCGGCGUGCCCGGCGGCGCUGCUGGCCGCCGUGGCCCGGAGCAACGGGCCCAAGCGGGUGAAGUUCGCAGACACGAUGGGCUUGAGUCUGGCCAGCGUCAAACACUUCAGCUCGCUGGAGGAGCCGCACGUGCCCAGCAAGGUCUUCUCUCGUCACGCCAGCUUCCCUCCCCAAGGAGACCUGCUGGGCGUGCUGGACCACCACUUUGACCUGCCGCAGCCUCACGACCCGGACGGCCGCGUCCGGCGUCUGCGCGUGUGCUUGGAGCAGCUCUCUGUCACGCAGUUCGACGUGCGCGGCCACGUACGCGUGCUGAGCGGCGGCGCCCGCACAGAGGUCGGGGUCCGCUACACCUUCAACGACUGGCUCUCGCACGUGGACGCGCAGGCUCUGCUGGAGGAAGCGGAGCUUCCUGGCGGCACGGGCGCACGCUACGGCUUCACCAUGUACACGCCACCCUUCAUGGAGCCCGGCUCGGCGGUCCACUUCGCCGUGUACCUGCGGAGCGACGAGGGAGAGUUCUGGGACAACAACGACGGGCGGAACUUCACGCUGCGGUACCGAGGUUUGCACGAGCAUUUUGUCUGCGCCCCCUGAGCUACGCUUGGCGCCGUAAAACCCCAUCGCGUCGGAGGUGAUGCCAACUGGCCACUCAAUAAGCCGUGAUGGACCAGCUGAAAUAAAAGUCAUCUGUGGUUGUGAGCCACGCGGUUCUGUUCUGGUCUGUGAGAAGGAGCAUGCAGCAGGAUUCAUUGUAAUGGUUAAACAUUUCUUCAAGCAGGGCUGCGUCACACAAAGUCCUGCAAAAGAGGUCCAUCGUGACCAAAGUGACCUUUCGUGUUUGGUCAGUCAAUACCAGCGACUGAUGUGCAUUCCAGAGCAUUAGGGGGUUAGGAAAUGUCAGACUUGGACUCAUUUCUUAAGUUCACCUCAUAAAUGGGGAAAGUAAACACAAACAUGGCUGACCUCAAUAAGCAUGUUGUUUCGUGUGAUGCCAAAAAGUUGCAUUGGCUCCCUUGUCCAAUGUUGCCAAAUUGCCUUCUGUCAGUUUAUUAAAGGGCGAGUGCACUUUUUUUUUUGGAAUGCUGUCUAUCAUUCACAACCCCGACUUAAGACAAGAACACAUAGGUUCUAAGUCAUAAAUAAAUGCUAGCAAAAGUCAUCUAACAAUAGAGCAGGGGUCACCAACCUUUUUGAAAGCAAGAGCUACUUCUUGGGUACUGAUUAAUGCGAAGGGCUACCAGUUUGAUACACACUUAAAUAAAUUGCCAGAAAUAACCAAUUUGCUCAAUUUACCUUUAAUAAAUAAAUCUAUAUAUAUAUAUAAAAAAAUGGGUAUUUCUUUCUGUCAUUCCGUCGUACAUUUUUUUUUCCUUUUACGGAAGGUUUUUUGUAGAGAACAAAUGAUGAAAAAAAAAAACACUUAAUUGAACGGUUUAAAAGAGAAAACAGGAAAAAAAAGAAAAAUAAAUUUUGAAACAUAGUUUAUCUUCAAUUUCAACUCUUUAAAAUUCAGAAUUCAACCGAAAAAAAGAAGAGAAAAACUAGCUAAUUCGAAUCUUUUUGAAAAAAUAAAGAAAAAGAAUUUAUGGAACAUCAUUAGUAAAUUUUGAUGACAUGUUUUAAACAGGUUAAAAUCCAAUCUGCAUUUUGUUGGAAUAUAUAACAAAUUGGACCAAGCUAUAUUUCUAACAAAGACAAAUCAUUAUUUCUUCUAGAUUUUCCAGAACAAAAAUUUUCAAAGAAAUUCAAAAGACUUUGAAAUAAGAUUUAAAUUUGAUUCUAAAGAUUUUCUAGAUUUGCCAGAAUAUUUUUUUUUUAAUUGUAAUCAUAAUAAGUUUGAAGAAAUAUUUCACAAAUAUUCUUCGUCGAAAAAACAGAAGCUAAAAUGAAGAAUUAAAUCAAAAUGUAUUUAUUAUUCUUUACAAUAAAAAAUUUUUUUUUACUUGAACAUUGAUUUAAAUUGUCAGGAAAGAAGAGGAAGGAAUUUAAAAGGUAAAAAGGUAUAUGUGUUUAAAAAUCCCAAAAUAAUUUUUAAGGUUGUAUUUUUUCUCUAAAAUUGUCUUUCUGAAAGUUAUAAGAAGCAAAGUAAAAAAAUAAAUGAAUUUAUUUAAACAAGUGAAGACUAAGUCUUUAAAAUAUUUUCUUUGAUUUUCAAAUUCUGUUUGAGUUUUGUCUCUCUUAGAAUUAAAAAUGUCGAGCAAAGCGAGACCAGCUUGCUAGUAAAUAAAUACAAUUUAAAAAAUAGAGGCAGCUCACUGGUAAGUGCUGCUAUUUGAGCUAUUUUUAGAACAGGCCAGCGGGCGACUCAUCUGGUCCUUACGGGCUACUAUUCCGUACAAUUGACCACUAAAUGGGAACAACCGAAUAAGUUUUUCAACUUGUUUAAGUCGGGGUCCACGUUAAUCAAUUCAUGGUAUAGAGGUUAUGGGAUUCAUGAUGUCAUAUCAUCCAAAGCCCUUUAAAAACUAUAUCCAAAAACCACCAACAAUACUCAGUUUACAUCUCCUGACCUGAAUGGUUACCAAGUAUUAGCAAUAUUGUAUUUAUAAGUGCUAAUGUUAAAGGGACUACUUUUACUGGCCCUCUGACCAGCUUAUGUUGCAAUAUUGAUAUAUUAGUCGGUAAACCUCAAUUCUAGAUUAUAAAUCAUGACUAAUAGACUAAAAAACCUAAUUUGCAGCACACGCCAUUAGACUGUACAAGUCCUUUCUGGGUGUAAGGAGGGAUACUAGGAUGACAGGGGAUGCAAAACAAUAACAGUGCCAUACUUUUUCAUAACAUGGUCACUACUGCCUAGUUUCUCUUGUUAUAUUUUUAUUUUACUGUUAUAUUUUUUACUCUCAUUGUUGCUUUUAUUUUUAUUGUAAUAUUUUUCUAUUUUGUUUCCAUUUAUACCCCCAUUAUUUACUUUUUAAAUUCGAUCUCAAUUCUGUACACUGCUGCUGGAAUUGUAAUUUUCCUGGAGGAACUAGCCUGAAGGAAUCAAUAAAGUACUAUCUAUCUA